CAUGGACGCAGAAGAUGGGGAGCAGGAGGAGUAACAGGUGUGCGUGCAUAUGGGAUUUAAGAAGAUUGUGAACUUCUCCAUCCCCCCCAAAAAGUGCACCAGAUAAGCGGUUAUACGCACGGAGCUCAGGAUGUUCUCCGGCCAGGCGGCGCUCAAUUUCAGCCUCAACCUGAGCGCCGAGCUGGAGCUUUUGCUGGAGGAGGAGGAGGAGGAGGAGGCUCGCCUGUCGCCCACCGGCUUCGUCGUGCUGUCCGUGGUGCUGGGCUUCAUCAUGACCUUUGGCUUCCUCAACAACCUGGUGGUGCUGCUGCUCUUCUGCAAGUUCAAGAAGCUGCGCACGCCCGUCAACAUGAUGCUGCUCAACAUCAGCGUCAGCGACAUGCUGGUGUGCGUCUUCGGCACCACGCUCAGCUUCGCCUCCAGCAUCCGGGGACGCUGGCUGCUCGGCCGCAGCGGCUGCAACUGGUACGGCUUCAUCAACUCCUGCUUCGGUAUCGUGUCGCUGAUCUCCCUGGUCAUCCUCUCCUACGACCGCUACAGCACCCUGACCGUCUACAACAAGCAAGGGCCAAACUACCGGAAGCCCCUGUUGGCCGUGGGCGGCUCGUGGCUCUACUCGCUGGUCUGGACGGUUCCUCCGCUCCUGGGCUGGAGCAGCUACAAACAGGAAGGGGCGGGGACCAGCUGCUCGGUGUCGUGGACGGCCCAGACCGCCCAGUCCCACGCCUACAUCAUCUGUCUCUUCAUCUUCUGCCUGGGUCUGCCCGUGCUGGUCAUGAUCUACUGCUACGGCAGGCUGCUCUGGGCGGUCAAACAGGUACGCCGAGUGGGUAAGAUCCGCAAGACAGCGGCGCGGCGGCGAGAGUACCACAUACUGUUCAUGGUGCUGACCACGGCCGCCUGCUACCUGCUGUGCUGGAUGCCGUACGGCGUGGUGGCCAUGAUGGCCACCUUCGGGCCGCCCGACAUCAUCAGUCCCGUGGCCAGCGUGGUGCCGUCGCUGCUGGCCAAGAGCAGCACCGUCAUCAACCCGCUCAUCUACAUCCUCAUGAACAAACAGUUCUACAAGUGUUUCCUCAUCCUCUUCCACUGCGAUCACUGGUCGGCGCAGAACGGCAACACCUCCAUGCCCUCCAAGACCACCGUCAUCCAGCUCAACCACAGAGUGUCCAGCAACACGGUGGCCUGCGCCGCCCAGAUCUCCGCCGAGGCCCUUAAACCGUGCAGUACGCCGGCCGACAAGCUAACCACGCCGCCCGAGGUGGUGACCUAAAAAAAACUGAGGAGACCUCAUCAUCACGGACGGACUCGUGUCUAUGGGUUUCACAUGUGAGCUUUUGUCUAUGUACUCUGCCUUUACUUGUGCUCCAUGUGCUUGAAUACAUACAAAAAAAAAGAAAUGGUUCAUAUUCACAAUAGGGUCUGAUGUUUGUGGACACCAGAAGCUUCUGGGAAAAACCAGAGCUCUUUGAAAGCAUCAGGAGCGGAGGUGAACGAGGCUCAACAGGGUAUGCCAACGUUAGCAUGGUUUGCCGACAUUCUACAUUGGCUGCAAUGACCCGCCUGGUUCCUUUCCAAAGGAUAAGCGCCAGUGGCGAGCAAGUACUGUGUAUUUGACCAAUUUUAUCCAAGAGGAGACUGAGGGCAAGCAAAAAACGGGGCACUGCAGACUGCGGUGUGCUAAUACUAGCACCAGGGUAUAUGUUAGAAUGUGUUAUUUUUUUCUCAUGAUGACAAAGGCAAUGAUGAAGCAAAAGCUAAUAGAAAAGGUACCAUUAAGGCACCACUUGGAAGAAGAAAAUGACAACGGAAGAGAAUGAAGCUCUGCUGUAUAUUACCACUUGAACCGGUAGGAGACUGAGGGUAAGCAAGACAAUUGGGCAGUGCAGCCAAGAGGAGACUGUGGGGUAUCCAUACUGCAGCAGGGUAUACUCAUGUUAGCAUGUGUUGUUUAUGUUCCUCAUGAUGACAAAGACGGUACCUGUAGUACCAAUGGGAAAUGUGACAAUGGCGAGGAGGUACCGUGCAGUGAACAAGGGGGCGUUAACUUCCAUAAUUUGCAAUAAGGACAAUGUAAAAAAGUCGUUUCAGUUUUCAAUAAAUCCACCAAAAAGUCACCAGUUAUUGAGUUUGUUUAGCCGAUUGAAGAGCUACUGUAGCUUCUACAGCAAAUGGGUCCAUGACGAUGACUUCUGUUUUGUUUGAUCAACCGUUUUACUGCCAUGUUACAGGCACCGUUUGGAAACAAUUAAGAUAUGUGAAUAAACACGAGUACUACACAAGCAGUGACGGAAGAUGAAUAUUUAUACCAACUCAGUGGCCUAGUGGUAAGAGUGUCCGCCCUGAGAUCGGUAGGUUGUGAGUUCAAACCCCGGCCGAGUCAUACCAAAGACUAUAAAAAUGGGACCCAUUACCUCCCUGCUCGGCACUCAGCAUCAAGGGUUGGAAUUGGGGGUUAAAUCAACAAAAAUGAUUCCCGGGGCGCGGCCACAGCUGCUGCUCACUGCUCCCCUCACCUCCCAGGGGGUGAUCAACAGGGUCAAAUGCAGAAGUAAUUGUAUUUAAAUAUUUUUUUCAAACAAUAACGCAAUUGUUUUGAGACCAUAUUGACAAAUGUAUCAAUUAUUUACAGAUUUAUGUUAUCAAACACAUUUUUAAUACAUUUGAAUUUGAUCUAUUAUAAAUACUCUGUAUUGACUAUAAUUUUUUUUUGCGUUUGAUUGACAAAAUGUUUGACUAAAAUAGGUCCUUAACUUAGCGUUAUGCCAAUUAACCCAACAUUGUUAAAAUGCUCUGUUAAAUACUAUACAAUAUGGUAAGUACUUUUGUAAUAGAUCAAUGUCAUGUGUUAAAUUUAAAUGUUAGAACUAUUUAAAAUUAAUGUUUGACAAAACACGAUUUGAUAUGAUAUAUUACAAAAUAAACUAUUAACGCAUAUUUUAAAUGGAUCUACAAUGACUUGUUUUGUGGUUAAUUGACAAAAUGCUUUUUGACUUAAAAUAAGAUCUGAAUAAUAUGCUUGAUUAUGAUAAUAAUAAUUACCAUUUUAAAAUAAUCUACAAAAUACAGUUUAAUGUGGUGUGCACAUUUAUGAUAGAAAACUAAAUAUUAUUCAAAUUAAAUACUUAAUUCAUCUAAAGCUAAAUUUAUUGUGUUUAGCUGGAAAAAAAUGUGUUUUGAUCUAAUAUAAUCAUUAUUUACAAUAAUAGUUAUUAAUAAACAAAUUGAUUUGAAAUGACCAAACAUCCAUCCAUCCAUCCAUCUAUUUUCUACCGCUUAUUCCCUUUCGGGGUCGCGGGGGGCGCUGGCGCCUAUCUCAGCUUCAAACAAUAACAUUUUAUUAUUAAAUAAUGACUUCAUCUCAAAAUCACCGUAUAAUAUGAGCUAGGGAGCGUACCAGUAUUUAAGCCGCACUCACCUAAUUUUAUUAAGAAAAAUAUUUCUACAUGUAUUAGCCGCACCAGGCUUUUAAGCCAGAGAUAUGUUUAUUCACAUAUCUUAAUUGUUUCCGAAUAGGCAGGAAAACGGUUGAGCAAACAAAACAGAAGUCAUCGUCAUGGACCCACUACCUGUGGAAGCUAUAGUAGCUCUUUAAUCAGCUUAGCAGACUAACUGGUGACGUUUUGGUGAAUUUAUUUAAAAAAAUAAACAAUACAAAGUUAUAUUGUAAAACUUACAACUGUUGCUUGAAGUAAUGAAUGAAGAAUCCUUUUGAGCAAAAACACAUUGGACUGUUAUAUUGCCGGCACAAAACAAAGUACACUGUCAACCCCCCAGUGAGCAAACUCGUCUAAAAGAUGGCGCCAUAGCACACACCAUUACACAUCUUUUUCAAUGUCUCCGUCGACAUAAUGUGAAAACUAUUUGUUGAAUACAAAACAUUAUUGCCGUUAGCGAAGAAAACCCAGGAAUUAGCUGCUUCAUUUCAGAAGCCGCAGGACUCAAAGCGUUGGAAAAAAUUAGAGGCUUAUGGUCCGGAAAAUACAGUAUAUAGAUUUUUUGCAAACCCUAUACAUUCUAGAUUAAUUACAAAUAUUAAGCUGAUGUCCCAAUGACUUUUUGUGUUUCACUGACAAAGUGUAUUUUGUUUCCAAUGUAAACAUUUCCUUCAUUCAAUAGAGAUAAUCCAAGUAGAGUACAUAGCUGUGUCUCCCCCAACUGGUCUGGAGUGUACUCACAUGCUUGCUUGUUAAAUUAGAAUGAGGCUAGUGAGUGGAAAGACAAUUUAGCUUUCAUCGGAGUGUUUGCUAACAUGAGUUUCUCAGAAAACUGAAAAAGGCGGACUUGACUUGAAAACAAAGCCAUUCACAACCCAUGAAAAGUAAACCCAGGUCAAACAGAAGCCAUCAAUCUGACUCAGCCUUCUGUUUGAUGCCUUACACCUUGCUUUGCACCAACAAUUCACAAAAGCGGAGCACAAAGUGUCGCUUUUGACCUCAACAAACACCCUGAGGCAUUUGCUGCCAUCUGAAAGUCACGUAUUCACUUGUGCACAUCUUUUUUUGUCCCUUUGAAAGCACAUUCAAGAAAACAGUUGGGAUUCAAACAAAUCUCAUAUUAGCUUGUUCUCCCACAGU